GUGAGGAGGCGGAACAUGGCUGUCAACACAGGAGGAGUGCGGAGGGAGGCGAGGACGAUGAUGACGCGACGGAGCGUGAGAGGAGACGCUCAGGUUCCAUGGCUCCUCCGUGCUGUCUCCUGCCUUGACCUCACCACCCUCGCCGGCGACGACACCCCCGGCACCAUCGCCCGACUCUGCGCUAAAGCAAAGGAGCCAAUCAGGAAGGACAUUCUGAAAGCCCUGGGGUUCGAAGACCUGAAGAUACAGGUGGGAGCUGUCUGCGUCUAUCCUGACCGGGUCAGCGACUGCAAGCACUUCAUCGGAGACUCUGCCAUCCCUAUCGCAGCCGUCGCCACCGGGUUCCCUGCGGGCCAGAUCAAGCACGAGCACAAGCUGGAAGAGAUCCGUCAGGCAGUGGCUGAUGGCGCUAGCGAGAUCGACAUCGUGAUCCCUCGCAAGCUCGCGUUGGCUGGCGAAUGGGAUCAGCUCUUGCGAGAGCUGCAGGACUUCCGGAAGGCAUGCGGUCACGCACAUAUGAAAACCAUCUUAGCGACGGGAGAGCUGGGCGAGUUGACGAGGAUCUACAAGGCGAGCAUGGUCUGCAUGGAGGCUGGUGCUGACUUCAUCAAGACUUCGACGGGGAAGGAGAAGGAGAACGCGAACCUCGAAGUUAGCCUCGUCAUGUGCAGGGCCAUCAGAGAUCACUACCAACGCUCGGGCAUCCGCGUUGGGUUCAAGCCGGCCGGAGGCAUCCGAACAGCAAAGCAGGCGCUGCAAUAUCUUGUGCUGAUUAAGGAGACGCUGGGAGAUGAGUGGUUGGAUCCCUCGCUCUUGAGGCUUGGGGCCAGCACCCUCCUGACCGACAUCGAGCGACAGCUGUUUCAUUCCGCGUUCGGCUGCUAUCCCUCUGCCUGUGAGAUGCCCAUGCCCUGA